AUGGCGCUCGCCACAACAGCCUCAGGUGUCACCGCCGCUUCAACGCGAACGCUGGUAUCCAGUCUCCGCCUCCUCCAACUCAACGUUCGAUUUGCAUCUACCUCGACACACUCCUCUUCCACCUCUUCCUCCUCCUCUUCCUCUUACCAACAAUCAAGGAUUCCCCGCCUACCACCCGUUGCACCCUUACCAUCCCGUGUAAAGCCUAUGUCACCAGCAUACUACACCGGUCGACCGGCGUACAUCGACACGCUGCUGUCGCUGGAAGAGCUAACACGCCAGACGAAGCGAUUGCUGGAACAGGCGCAUUUGCUGCCGCCCAACUCUGCUGCGCCUUCGCUUUCCGGUCCUGCGCGCAAGAAUCUCUGGGUAUCGAGCAGCGACCUGCAGACGCUUCUGGGAACCAACUUGAAGGCUGCACAGUACCGACAGAUUGUUUCGCGCCUGGCACUGCUCGCUCGAUAUGCGACUCUGGUAGGGCAAUUCGAGGCGACACCUUCGCUGCACCAUUUGCAGGCGGGCGAGUUGGUGGAAAGGUACCACAGCACAUUGGAGCGAUUCAUGAACGAGCAUGCGAAGACGCAGAACUUGCUUGCGGACAAGGACUCGGAUCGGCAGCUAUGGGAGGCGAGCGAGAAGAAGAUCGACGGUAAAGGAAGGGCCUACGCCAUGGGACGGAGGAAGGAGUCUUCCGCACAGGUGUGGAUCAUCCGCACUCAAGAGGGAAGCGUCGGCGAGGUGCUCAUCAACAACAUGCCCAUCAGCGAGUACUUCACCCGGACGGCGGAGAGGGAAGCUGUGACCUGGCCGUUGAAGCUCACUUCCAACCUGGGCAGCUACAACGUCUUCGCCCUCACGCGUGGCGGUGGCAAGAGCGGCCAGGCCGGUGCCAUCGCCCAUGCGCUCGCCAAUGCGAUCGUGGCCGAGACUGGCCACGGGCUCGAGAUGGACGACGGCCUGGUGGUGAAGAAGUAUGUAAAGGAUGUGCUGGCGAAGGAUGGCGUACUGAAGAGAGACCCGAGGAUGGUUGAGAGGAAGAAGACAGGUUUGGCCAAGGCCAGGAAGGCUUUCACUUGGGUCAAGCGUUAG